UGUGUCCAUGUGAGCCGCCAUCUUUGGAGGCAGAUGAGCGCGCUCCGCUCGUCGUUACUACAAACUUGAGUUCACCGUGGACGCGCAAACACACACACACACACACACACACACACACUUCCGUGCGAAUAUGUCCAACAGAAACACGCCGAACAGCGGCUCUCCUCAGCCGGGGAGACGCGGGACCGACUCCCCGGCCAUGGAGCAGCAGCAGGCGGCGAACAAAGACAGCCCGGCACCUCAGCAGCAGCAGCAGCGGCCGGAUGAGGAGGCGUCUCCCGCGGCGGAGCAAGCGGAGGGAGCCGGGGAAGGAAGCGGAGAAGCUCCGGCUAAAAUGACUCUGGAUAUCGCGAGUUUUCGGAGACCUGGAGAGAAGACGUUCACGCAGCGGUGUCGCCUGUUCGUCGGCUGUUUGCCGUUCGACAUCCCCGAGGAAGAGUUCACCAACAUGUUCGCCAAAUAUGGGAACGUCAACGAGGUGUUCAUCAACAGAGAGCGGGGCUUCGGCUUCAUUCGCCUGGAAACAAAGAUGCUGGCAGAGAUCGCUAAAGCAGAGCUGGACGGGACCAUUCUGAACAAUCGACCAAUCAGGGUCCGGUUUGCGACACACGGCGCCUCCCUCUCUGUCCGCAACCUUCUGCCCGUCGUGACCAACGAGCUGCUGGAGCAGGCGUUUUCUCAGUUUGGACCCGUGGAGCGAGCCGUCGUGGUGACAGACGACCGCGGUCGUCCCACAGGGCGGGGCAUCGUGGAGUUUGCGAACAAGGCGGCGGCGAGGAAAGCUCUGGAGCGCUGCACCGAGGGAGCGCUGCUGCUCACCACCACGCCGUGUCCCGCCAUCGUGGAGCCGUCGGAGCACGUAGACGACGACGAGGGACUCCCUGAGAAGCUGCUGCAGAAAAUCCCAAAGUACCUCAAAGAACGGGAGCAGCCGCCACACUUCGCUCAGCCCGGCACGUUUGACUUUGAGUACUCGUGUCGCUGGAGAGCUCUGGACGAGCUGCAGAAGCAGCAGAAGGAGCAAGUGGACAAAAGCAUCCGCGAGGCCAAAGAGAAGCUGGAGGCGGAGCUGGAGGCGGCCAAACACGAGCAUCAGCUCAUGAUGAUGAGACACGAUCUGAUGAGGCGUCAGGAGGAGCUGAGGAGGCUCGAGGAGCUCAGGAACCAGGAGCUGCAGAGACGCAAGCAGAUCGAGAUGAGACACGAGGAGGAGAGGAGGAGGAGAGAGGAGGAGAUGAUGAGGCACAGAGAGCAGGAGGAGCUGAGGAGACAACCUGGAAACUACCUGGAAAAUAGGGAACAGGAAAUGAGAGCGGGGGAUCUGGGCCCGCGUGGAGAUGGUUACAACCAGGCCUCUGCUGCGCCCGGCGCUAACCAGGGCGCUAACCAGGGCGCUCACCAGGGCACUCAGAUGAUGGGCAUGAGUGGAAGGGGCGGAGCCAUCGGCCCGGAGGGAAGUCCAAACAUGGGCGUGCAGUUAAUGCCAGAGAACGGAGCCAUGAGAAACGAUAGAUACUCACAGGGUGGAUCAGUGGGGGGUCGGCCUGAGGUCGAGUCACCUAAACAGCAGCAGCAGCAACAACAGCAACAACAACAGCUGCAGCAACAACAACAACAGCAGCAGCAGCAGCAACAACAACAGCUGCAGCAGCAGCAACAACAGCAGCAGCAACAGCUGCAGCAGCAGCAGCUCGGCCCUCAAGGAGGAGCAGCCGCAGGGUUUGGCAUGGGAAAUCCAGCAGGGGGCGUCUUUGACGGGCCAAAUAACAAACGCCGCAGAUACUGACCUCAUGGAUCUUUGUUACUGUUUAAUUUUAUUUUUUUAAAUACGUGUUUUCUGUUUAGGAUUUACUUGUUCAUUUUGUGGAAAAAAACUGAAUCUAAUGACUUUUUUAAUGUUUACUUCAGCAAAUAAUGUGAAUUUAAGUGAUCGUUAGGGUUUGAAGUGUGGACGAGUGAAGCAGCUGACUCACCAACACAAAGAAUCACUGAUAUUAGACACUUAACUUAAGACUUUUCUCAUAAAACAUGUGUCAGUUUAAGUCUACGAUAUGUUAGAGUGUGUGUUCACGUCUUUAUCUCACUGUGAGACGGACUUUUCCAACAGGAAACUGAAGUUUGUAAACCACUCACUCUCCCACACCAAAGCCCAUAGAGAAAACCAGUGAUUUUAACAUCACACACACACACACAGGAGUUGUUGAUCCACUGCUGCCUCCAUCACUAAGUUCAAACAUCUUAUUCUGUAAAAUUCGGCAUCUGAAAUCCUUCGUUCACUUUAACUUCAGUGACACAGAGUGACCACACGAGGCAGCAGCAGACCAGCAGCUCCUGUGUGGACUUUGGUGUGGGAGAGUGAGUGGUUUACAAACUUUUCUCUCAGGACCUCACAAACCCACACUUGAAAAUAACAACCUAAACCAUUAUUUUUUUAAAGGUGCAGUGCAUAGAAUUAAGGAGGCUCUAUGAACUGAAUUUGAACAGAAUAUUUACAAGUAUGUUUUGAUUUAUUUAUUAUAUUAUAGAAAAAUGCAAUAAGAACAGUUGUGUUUUUGUUAACUCAGAUGGAGCAGACGCCGACAGUCUGCUGUGUUUGUACAGGAGGCUUUUCUACGAUUGUUCGCAGCCUCCUGGUUUCUCCUACACACUAUACGUGAUAGUUGCAACGUGCAACUUCACCACCAGAGGUCACUAAUCCUACACACGGGUCACACCUUUAAGGUGACAUCAGUAGCAGAACCUCGGGCCAUGUUGUUUUUAAAAAAAAAAGAUAAACUACAGAAAUCAAAUACUUUUGCUAACAUGAGAAAACAAAAAUCCACAUUCAGACAUUUAAGAACCUUCAUUUUCACUUUUUCCUCUUAAAAACACAACAGACUUAAAGUGGAGGUUUCAGCGCCCCCUGUGUCUGAUGAUUUUCUGUGGUUUCUUUCAAACAUAUUUGUCUCUUAAAUGCCGUACAGUCACAUGACUUACAUAAGUUUAAUUGAAUAAAUACACAUGUGGAGCAUCAGAGAUCACACUUGUUUUUUUCUCCUUCGUGGGAUAUCACAUGUUUUUAAAUCUUUCAUAAGACCUGGUUUAUUUUUAGUGAAUCAGCCACAGUGUGGUUUUAAUAAAAAAGAAACUUUUUUGUUUGCUAUAAUACAACUGAAGAAUGUUUCCACUGUGUUUGUCAGGUCAGAAAUGAUGAUGAAAAAUUAAAAGUUUAUUAUUUUUGAACUUGA